AUGGCAGAGGACGAGGCAGCAGAGGUACCUCCAGAGCCAGUGCCUUCUCUCACAGAACAAGAACUCCAAACUCGACUGGGCAUUUUCGAGGAGAUCUUCAAAGGAUAUGAAGCACUUGAGGUCAAGCAGAAGUCCAUGGCAGAGCGCCGUGAAAAGGAGGCACCGCCUCCACCGAAUGAAGAUGGUGAGGGGCAGGAGCCACCUGAGGUAACCCCGAACAUUGCGUUGGCCUACAGCGAACUAAACUUCCAAGUUGUCGCAGAUCUUGUGGACUUGGUGAAAGACAAGUGUGGUCCAAUGUAUCCAGGGCAAGGGGUCUUCCUAGACUUUGGCAGCGGUUGCGGAAAGCUGUGCUUGGCAGCCGCGCUCCUGCAUCCCUUCCAAAAGGUGAUUGGUGUCGAAGCCCUGCAGAGCCUCAAUGACAUUGAAGCGCAAGUUCAGGCAAAGUAUGCGGAGGUCGAACUCCCUGAUGGGAUGGUGAAACCAGAGAUUAGCUUUGUGAAAGGUGACUUCGUGUCCGAGUUUGAUGGGAUCCUGGAGCCCAUUGCACCUGAGGCAACCUUUGCCAUCGCAGUUGCGACAACCUUUGGAGAUCCUGAGAUGCAAGCCGUUGCCAAGCUUGCCCAGAAGAUGCCUCAAGGUGCUUCGCUCUUCCUGGUGACCCAAAAACUGGAGGAGUCGUUGGUGGUGGAUGUGAAUCGCAAUCCCCGGCAGCGGCGUUCUGUAGCCACAAAGAAAGCCUUGGCGAAGCGAGGUGUUGAGCCAACAGGCAUUGAGAUUGAGCUGGAGCCGGCAGAGAAUGAUCCAAAUGGCUGGAGGUUGAAGGAUACUGUGCCCUUGGAAUUGGAGUGGGGCACUACAAAUUGCUAUUUAUACAAGAAAUACUCCUACCCUUAUUGCGAUGCCCAUGACAUUUGUAUGGCGACUCCUCUGGAAGCAGAAGACCAGACUGUGGUGCCAGCGUUCUACAUGAGCCCAACAACUGUUGUGUAUUUGGACGAUUUGGCAGAAAGGGAAGUGGAAGUCUCCAAGACCGCACCAUUUUGUGAGGAAAGUCGCAAGAAAGCCGUGAGCAUCUACGAGCAGAAAGUCACAGCUGCCAAGACGAAAGCGGGUGAGAGAAACAGUGAGGCGGUGGCUGAGGCCCUGGCUCAUGUGCGGGCAGAGAAUGAAACCUUUGCGCAAGAUGGUAAUCUGAACUACAAGCUGGAGGAGGCCUCGGACACGGCCAAGUUGCUGGAAGCAUUGAUUUCGGCCAACGGGCUUCCAGCAAGUGAAGCCAAGGUGGCGCAGUUUAUGGGAGCACAAUGGUUGAAUGCCUGUGGGCAAGUGGAUGCUGAGACAACAGGAAAAAUUCCUGAAGCGCAACUUCCUGGAGUGUGGGGCAAGGUGAAGACUGGCUUUGCUCAGUACAUCGAAGGCAGGCUGACGGAGUUGAAGGAGUUUGGAGUUGCAAAGCCGGAAGAUGCUGUUGCAAAGCCAGAAGAAUUGCAAGAAUACGUGUGA